AUGUCUGACGCAGAAGAUAACUAUGACGAAGUCUUGGAAGAUUACGAAGACGACCAUUUCUCAGAUAAUGAAAACUUCGCCGAACCAGGGGCCGCCGAAGAAGAAGAAGAGUUCACCAGCGACGUCAAGGCCUCAUCACAACAACCACAAAAGAAAACCGUGAGGGAUUUGGCCAUUGCCAAAGAGAAUCGGGCUACAACACCAUACAUGACAAAAUAUGAACGUGCGAGAAUCUUGGGUACCCGUGCGUUGCAAAUUUCCAUGAACUCCCCAGUGUUGGUGGACAUUGAAGGUGAAACCGAUCCUUUGCAGAUUGCCAUGAAGGAAUUGUCACAAAGAAAGAUCCCAUUGGUCAUUAGAAGAUUCUUGCCAGAUGGAAGUUACGAAGAUUGGGGAUGUGAUGAAUUGAUUGUCGACCAAUUUUAA